GAACAGGGAUCGUCGUAGUACUACUUGGAAGAAUGAAGCUCGGCGACCUCGCGCCAAGAUUAACUUUCGAUUUAUCGGGGGCUUCAAUCUCUUCCUUCUUCCUACACGCUCUUCCUGUUUCUACGGACAUUCCCGGCAUUUCUUGUCAACAAUUUGUGAACAAUCGUUCACAAUUCUGCCAAGAUUGUUUGCAGAUAUACGCAUACAUGUAACUAUUUUUAGCACAUGUAAGAGAAGUGUUUCGCAUCACGCGGAUAAAUACGUGAUUGUUCGCUGAGACACGUGGAUGCUGAUUUCUCGCGAAUGUGAAAGGCGUCGUGUUUAUCUCGCGGUAGAAACUCUGAAAAUAAUUCUAUACAAAUAAAGUUUCGCGCUUGUGUUCCUCUGCGUUUAAAUAGACGCGGGAUUGACGGCCGCGGAAUCGUCCAAGUGUUACUCUGACAUUGCGUGUUUAAGGAAGAGCAAAUAAAUGGUAUAUUUGUUGCUUCAUUGCCUUAAGGGAAAGACGCCGCUUCACCCGAUAACUCGCAAUAAAGCGAACUACAUACUUCAGCAUUCUACGCUACGACGUUUUUAACUGAUGAAGUCAGAGAUUGUUACUCAGAUUGCAUCGACACUUCUACGCCGAGAUCCAGUAAUUUAUUUAACAAGCGCGAGUCACUUUUAAGCACACAUUUUCCAACAAAGUUUCGCGACUAUUGACUUGCAAAUUAAUUCUUAAAACGCGCAUCUUUGUGUACAAGAUAUUCCAGACGUAGUUUUGAGCCAUUCUUUUUGAAUUUUUGAUUAAUCUCUCGAAUCCAAGGUGGCUUUGAAAAAAAUUGAUUUACCUUCGUAACUUGUUGAUACAACACUUCCUCGGCUUUUUCUGGGUCACUCUAUAUAAACCAGGAUGUAGAUUCUCUCAUGACUUCAUUCCACUUCGUGGAAUAACAAGUAAUCGGAUGCUGUUAACAUACAGAAAAGCAACCUCAACAAGAUAAACUUUGAAAAAGAUCUCGACAUCAUCUUUGCGUAUGACGUCAUCCGCGAUAUGCAAGGCUGCAAGGUGCGAGCAUCAUCGCGUCAUUUUUGCGUCUCGCGCUGACCGUGGAUUACUUAAUCUGCGAAGGGAGAAGCCACUUUCUCUCUCGGUCUCAACGUGUUUUUCGAGGCAGUAUGCUGGUGCGUGACCGAGGUCUACGUUACAACGCGUUACAAAACACGGGAGGCUUAUGUGAGUGCGGUAUGCUAUAUCGUGCGGAGCGAUAGCAAUCAUUGUGCGCGUUAACCUGAAUCGUUUCCUUCAGGAUCGCACUGCGUCAAUAAAUGUAGAACGACGUGUACGUUCUUAUGACAGGUGAAACGUGUCUUCCAGCGAUGAAGCGUUACGCGAGUGUUCCAGAAAUUGAUCGCGCCUCCAUCCGGUGCCGCGACAUAAAUAUCGAAGCUGCCGAACGACAUUGUACCACCGGAAUCCUAUUACGUGUUCGAUGAACAAUAACGAGUAAUUGUGCCGUGUGCGUAGUAUUUUCAAAACAGGAAGUUGCCCGGAGUUUUCCGAGCCGUGAAAACUCGCAUUGAUCACGAAGAUUAACACAGGCGAGAUGUCAGAAUACGAAGCGGAGAUAGAGUUUUGCGGUCAAUUCAUGAAAUAUGGCUUAUUGCUCAUGAACUUGAUUAUCUUCAUUGGAGGGGCUGGCAUAACGGCCUUAGCCGCAUUGGCCCUAGAUGACAAAAUACCAGCGAUAGGUGAACUCGUAGGGAACGAUCUACUAACCGGUGCGGUUUACGUCUUGCUAGUUGGCGGGAUCGUCGUGGCGUUUAUAGCCUUCUUCGGAUGUAUCGGUGCAUCGCGUGAAGUCAAGUGUAUGAUUCUGACAUACUUCAUAGUCAUGCUUCUGCUGUUCGUCACCAUGAUCAUUGGCGGCGUUCUCGGAUACGUUUUCCGCGAAAAGUUGCUGAACGUCGACAAAGAGAUGAAGAGUUCCAUCCGAUCUUACGAUAGUUACAAGUCCAUUCGGGACGCCUGGGACAUCACGCAAUCAACGCACCACUGUUGCGGCGUUGACAGCUGGAGGAAUUGGGGAAAGUAUGGUCUUAACGUGCCCGAGAGCUGUUGCCGAGAAAUUCUACCUGGCCAGCGAUUUAACUGCAACAGCGGCUCGGACACGAUGAAUCCUUCGAACGCUUACGUGGAGGGUUGCAUCAACGGAACUAAUUACAACCUGCACGUGCACUCAAAGUUUAUAGGCGGCGCUAGUCUUGGACUCGGAUGCAUGAUGUUCUUUGCUAUAAUUAUGUCUUGCGUGCUCUUCAAACGAUCCAAUGACAGGAGGAGUACUUAGAUGGAGGCUGCUCUCCGUAAGAAAGUACGGGAAGGAGGUGGGUUUUCGAAAUCCUUAGGGGAUUUUUUCAUACAAUUUCAUCGAUUACUCGUCGCUGUAAGCGCACCUGAUCACACCGUGAUAAUCAAACGAACAAAUCUCUAUCCGAUUGUACAGUUCUCGCCAAUUUGUUACAUGAAUAUAGCAUUGUAUCAUGAUUAUCAUUAUUCUUUAUAUUUUGGUAUAUAAUUUAUACGUGUAAGAUUAUUUUCGAUUUAGUUGCGUGUGUCAUGAGUACGUUAAUGUAUCGAGUACCUUAUAUAUGUGCCGUAACAAAUGCAUAUGUAUAUUAUGCAUCUGUCAAUCCUUUCGGUAAUUAUUGUCGAUCAAUACCGAGUGAAGUAAUGUGUAAAAAUUAAUUUUUCCAGCGAUCACUUUUCUUCACGUUCCAUUAGUUAUACGAUAGUUCCGAUUCUUCAUUUAUCAUCAGGAAAUAUAAAUUCUAUCGAAUAAAAAUAACAAGAUGCUUAAUUAUAUAAAGAAUAUAUUGUAAGAUUAAAUAUGU